CAGAGUGAAUACGGCAUGCUUGCCUCAUGAGACAGUGCUUGUUUUAGUUUACAUCAUAACCAUGCGCAGUAUGAUUGACUCUAUUAUGCUCUUUCUAACUUAGCAGUCUGGCUGGUUUCUUUCUGGGAUUGAUGUGGUUUUUCAGUUGGAGUGCAGUUUCUAGUCUUGCAGGGUCAAGCUAUCAGCAUAACAAAUCAAAAUUUGCCUCAAAGUUUGGUUUUGCAGCUUGCAAUGGUUCACUCAUCCGUGCAUCAUCUCAUAUGAGUUGUUAAUGGCUGAGUAAAGACUGCUCUUUGUGUGGUUGGUGUGCUGUGCUUUCCAAAUGCUGCUGUGAUAUGUUUGGUUGGCUGUCUCUUUUGAGCAGCAGAACUGGAGGCUAUGACUGUGGACAAACACACUCCCCCCAGCGCUCCGUGAGGGUGGACCACCGCUCGGGCGUGUCAUCUGACAGUCUGUUCAGGGACUAUGACGACUCAGAGGACUCGGAUGAUGAGGUGGGCCAUGCUGACCCUGUCCAAGAUGACCUGUACACCCGAAAGAUGGGUACCAAACCCCAACUUCCUGCUUUGUCUCAUGACAAAUUCCUACCCAAAUUUUGGACACCUGAAGAAGACAUCCACAUUCAGAAAAUCAAACUGGGCUCACAGAAAAGACCCUGGUACAAGAAGAUGCAAGGCCUCAGCUACAAGAAAUCAGGCUCGUCUUCGGAUGAUUCGGACUGCGACAUCAGUCCUUGGCUCUCCUCGGGGCGUUCCUCCUCUGGUCCUUCUCAGUCCCUCUCAGAUAGGGCCUCUGCAGCUCCCCCCACCCUGGUUGUGGGGAAAAGUUCCUAUAUUGAACCCAACUCCCCAUCACCACAACUUCCAGUGAUACACUCCCCUGUGUUAGAGCCACCUCCUUUAGUGUUUCCCCCUGUGGACCCCACCUCAGGCCCCAAGUUGGUCAAAUGUGAGAGAUGGCCCCUCUAUGGGCGCCAAGACCCCCGAGAGCCCCCUGACCAGUUGGACUAUGACAGCUUAUACCCUGACUUGGAGAAUGAUGACAUGUUUGCCAGAAGGACCCUUGCUUUUCAGUCCAACACAGAUUUGGCGAUGUUGAAAUUACCCGUCCGGCCUCCGCGCUACUCGUCCGAACCCCAGCUUAAUAUUGUAACUCGAAAACAUGACCGCAACAGCCCAGAGGAAGAGGAGGAGAAGGAGGAGAUCUUCCCUGACAUAGAAGAAGAUGAUGUGGUUUAUCGUAAGGAAAAAACAUCCCAUGACCAGCGCCCCCUAUCCGGUGCCCCAGAUAACUACAACCCCAUGCCUAUCCCAGAGCCUUGGACUUUACCUCCUGAAUUAAAAGCCAAACUCCUUUGCCCUCCCUGCCCUUUAACCCAGGAAGUAGAACGCGAUAAAGCAAACAAACUUGAAAAAGAGAUGCGCCCUGACACGGAUGACAUGCUGGUUCGAAAGCUGGAGGUGUGUAAUAGAGUCCCUUUGACCAAUCAGAAGGGUCCACCUGUGCCUUCGACCUGCAGUGAGGAGGAUUUGCAAAAAUGGCAGACUAUUAGAAAAGCCAGUCAGCUCAAACACAGGAAGAAGCUUUUGGUGGAAAGACUGGCUGCUUUAAAGACAUAGAUAGACUUGAUGAAAUGGGAACAGAUUGUGACGCUGUGGACGCUGUGGUAUUUUUCUAUUGAAUGACGUGUUAUAUUUUUGUUGGCGACAGUGGUUGUUAUGCUUGCUGUAUUACAAUGGGAGAGAUGUUGCCAAAUGAAUCAGAAGAAUUAGGUGUGUUCUCCUUUGUCCAAUAGCAAAACUGUAUUGUUGAUUUGUUUUCUUUUCUGUAUUUCAUUACAUAUUUAAGAAGAAUGAGGAAGCGAUGAAAAUAUGACAAAAAUAUACAAGGUGUCCAUAAAUUACAAAGGCAAUUGAUAAGAUAUCGUAAUCGGACUUGUUCUAUUGUACUCAGUGGUUUUCUAAAGUAUUUGACCUCAUUUAAUACACCUCUAUAUGGUGCCCAUAUAGAGGUGUAUUAAAUGAGGUCACCACAUGAAGUACAUCAAGACGUGGCUGGAUUUCUUGCCAUGUUCGCUGUAGUAGAGCCUCAUCAGUGGGUGCAUCUACAUCUGUGAUCUUUUGCUUUAGUUCAGUAAUGUCCCCUCUUUCUUUGAUAUAUGAUAUUUUUAACAUAGCCCCUCAAUUUAGGUUCAAUAAACCAUGAUACACAUUGUGCCUUCUCUUGAGGAGCAGUCAUUUCUUAGGAGUUUAUUCAAACGGAUGCCUCUUCAACUAACAGAAUGCCUUAAAUACAAAAAUGCAAUUAAAAGCUUUGGAAACCACUGAGGACAAUAGAACAAAUCUAAUUAAUAUAUCUUAUCGAUUGCCUUUGUAAUUAAAUUUUAAAAUUGUAAAGAAACUCUCAGGACACCUUGUAUUAACACAGAUCUGUUAGUAAAGAUAAGCUAGUUUUUGAACAAUGACACUGGACUUUACAGUAUUCAUGGAUACAAUGUGUGUUUCAAGUGUGGUUUAUGAACAAAGCAAUGAUGAAUGAUGUUACAAACAAAUGCACAAUAUACAUUUGGUUGCCUUAAGCUGAUAUAAAACAUUAAUAAACAAACUCGCUCUUAAA